AUGUCCACGGGAGGUGACUUUGCGGCGGAGGUGUCGUGGGCGCAGCAGGAGCCCAUCCUGGCCAAGCACUUUCGCGGGCGCCGCGGGCUGAAGAUAGUGGAGGUGGGGUGCGGGCUGGGCGAGCUGGCGCACCGCAUGCAGGAGGCCGGCCACCGCGUCGUGGCCAUCGACCCCUCGCCCGACGCCAUCGCCGCCACCCGCAGCAGAGGCGUCACCGACGCCCGGCAGUGCAGCCUCGAAGAGCUCGCGCAGGCGAAGGAGGAGCGAGGCACGUUCGAUGUGGUGCUGUUCACACGGUCGCUGCACCACAUCGGCGAAGACCUGGAGGGAGUGCUGCGGCUGGUGCGGGACCAGCUCCUGCGUCGGGCCGACGACCGGGCCGGCGUCCCGUCGGGUCUGCUGAUCAUCGAGGAGUUCGGGCGAGAGGACAUCGACCGGCCCACCGCCGAGUGGUACUACGCCCUACACGACUCGCUACUCGCCGCCGGUCUCAUCUCGCCACCGCAACAAAAGAAGGAGGAGCAGAAGAUGAAGAAGAACAAAACGGAGAAGAAGAGCAUAAAGGAAAAGGAGGAGGAGGAGAGGGACGUGUUGGAGAGGUGGGCGCGGCAGUUCAAGUGGAGCCACCACGGGAUGGAGGGCAUCGAGCGCCUGCACCUGGGCCGCGAGAUGGUGGCCGCGAUCGAGCGCGUGUUCGGCCGCGUCGACGUGCAGCGCCAGCCCGUCCUCUUUCGCUUCAUCGCCAACCACAUCGACCGCCGCCUCAACGCGCUCAACAGCAACACCAACAAGAACAGGAACGACAACAACGAAGCCGGCGUGCCCGCCAGCGUGGUCGACUCGGAGGGGCGCGCUUACGAGAUCGCGAGGGCGGUGUGGCGGUGGGAGGAGAAGAUGGUGGACCGCCACACGAUCCUGCCCCUGGGCAUCUUCGGCGUCGCCAUCGCCACCGCCAAGCAGCAGCCCGAGGAGGCCCCACUCAACCGCCCGAGCUCGCCACAGGCGUACUGA